AUGAAUAACAAUUAGAGUUAGGUUUUUCAAAAUCCAAAUAGCACUGUUUCAUAACAAAAUUAAUAUUAGAUUGAAAAUGCCUUUUUAAAGUCUGAUUUGAAUAAAUUGAAGGAAGAAUAUAAAGUGGCAAUUGAAAGUAAUAAGGAGCUCAAAAACCAAAAGGAAUUCCUUGAAAAACAGGUUUGUAAUUUACAAUAACAACUAAAUCAGAGAGAUCAGGAAUACGAUAAUUUAAGGUAAUACUUUAAAUUUUAUAAUAGAAAAUUCCUUGAAGAAUCAAAAAUUUAUAAGGAAAAACAGUAGGAAUUGAUAAAUAACUGCAUUGAGAUGCAAUUGACAAAUCAAAAAUUAUAGAAAUAAUUAGACUAGUUGGUUAAUAAUAAGUAGAUCUUAUAAAUAGAAGUAGUAAUUACAAUAUGAUAGUUAAGUGUAAACCUAAUUUUGGGUAAAAUAUCAGCGAGGAGGUGAUUCAUAUAAGUUGGUAAUCGGAAAUCGAUAACUUGUAACUGUAAUGCAAGAGGAACAAGAAAUUAGUUAAAAUUGAAGGAUAUGGAGAGAUUGAUGAUAAUCUCUUUAUAUGUUAUUAGUAAUGCGAAUUAUCUAGGAUCCCAAUAUCAGAAUAGCCACCAGUGAUUAUAUAAAAAGAGUCUGAGCUAUUAAUAAAAUACCAAAUUUGA